AAUGGAAUGAUUAAGUGCCAAAAAUUGUUGUUGGAUGUAAACAAAAUUUUGUAAAGAAUAAAUCAAUAUGCUCGUGUGAGAAAGCACGUUGUGCACAGCAAAAGUAUAUGAGGGAUUGUAACUAUGUAUGUAUUUGAAUGUGGAAUGGAAGCAUAAACACACGCACACGUAUACAUAUGCAUGUGCAUACAAAUGUGUGUCGCACCUUGAAUCAUUCACACGCUCCCAAGAGUGGUUCAGAGAACGUAGUGUUUGUUGUUCUCCGCAGCACCCUUCCACAUAUCUUCAUCUAUGUACAUAUCUACUGAAAGUUUGCCGGUUCUGAGCAAUCAGUUGAAAAUAUUUGCGAGUGCGGUAAAAUAGCGAGAUUUCCACUUUCUCUGAGCAUGAGAAUGCAGUAAUAUCAAAUUGAUAACAGCUCGGCAGAGUGUGCGCCAACAUACAUACAUGCGGGCAUGUGUACGCACGUGUGUCAGUAUCUCAAAUACAGACUUGUUGGCAUGACAACGCUACUUUCCCCACGGCAAAAAGUAGGCAUUUGUUUACAUCUUAAAAUCUUGUAAAAAUAAUGAAUAAAAGCAAUUAUAAUAUUCUAAGAAACGAAUUGAGUGAAAUAACAUUCGUACUUUUCAAACUGGAAUUAAUGGUAUAUAUCAAAACUAUGUGCUGUGUUUUUGUGAUUGUUGUUGACUUUCUUGACGCUAUAAAAUUUGGCUGCAACGAGACAUUUCCGCGAGAAUGGACUCACCAACACCGCCAAUUGUAAUCGACGAUCCAAACGGUUCAGCAAUGGACGCCUGCUUCACUGCAUUCGAUAAGGACGGUGAUGACCGUCUGAGUUUGGCCGAAUUUACGCUCAUCUGUCGGGCUUUGUUCCGCAACGACAAGGGACACAUUUAUGAUGUGCCAACGGAUCGAUUGCAGCAUAUUUUCGAGGUAUUCGAUACGGAUGGCGAUGGCUUCAUCGACAGGGAGGAAUUCAAAUUUUGCUGGAAUCGCUGGAUAAAAACGAUUGUACGACCGGUGAACGCUUUCCUCAUUAUUGAUGUACAGAAUGAUUUUAUAAGUGGAUCCUUGGAUAUAAGUAAUUGCAGUGCACAGCAGAAAGGACAUGAGAUUUUGGAACCCAUCAACAAUCUGCUGGAGACUGUGGACUUUGAUGCUAUUUUCUAUUCACUGGAUUGGCAUCCAAGCGACCACGUUUCGUUUAUAGAUAAUGUGAAAAUGCGGCCUUUGGAUGAGUCGUCGCCGAUCGAUGCUGAUUCGGCGCAAGUUUUCGACACUGUCAUCUUUGCUGGUCCACCACCAAUGAAGCAACGCCUUUGGCCGCGUCAUUGCGUGCAGGAUUCGUGGGGCGCUGAGUUGCAUAAGGAAUUAAAAGUAGUAGAUAACGGCGUCAAAAUUUAUAAAGGCACAAAUCCUGAAGUCGAUUCGUAUUCGGUGUUCUGGGACAAUAAGAAACUCUCCGAUACUACCCUGAAUGGCCAGCUGAAGUUGAAGGGCACGACAGACAUCUACGUGUGCGGAUUGGCGUAUGAUGUGUGUGUGGGCGCAACUGCUGUCGACGCCUUGUCAGUUGGUUAUCGUACAAUUUUGAUUGAUGACUGUUGUCGCGGCACCGAUUUCCAUGAUAUCGAACAUACCAAGGAGAAGGUUAUUAGUAAUCACGGUGUGGUUGUGCAUUCGAAUGAGGUUCGCGGCAUGAUCGAGGGUCGCGAUCGACGCCCAGAGCUAGGCUAUAAACUGGCAAUGGAACUGAAGAAUCCCGAAUCGGCGCUUUCGCAGCGUAACGGCAUACGUCCAAUCGAUUAAAUGGCGCUGCAUGCGAAAGCAUAAGAACCGUCGGCGCGCCAGAAGGACAGCAGUGAACCAAUUUUUCCAGUUUCCUAUAUGAAAACGCUUACAUAAAGAUCUUGCAAAGCAGCUUUAAAGACAUGCGCUAGAAACGUUCUAGAAAAAUACACAAAUAGCUAAAAUACCACAAUUAAAUAUACAUACAUACAUACACGCAUACUAACUAGUGCAUAUCACUGGUGAGGAUAUGCGCCGAUAUGAAACGGAGCUAUUUAAAGACACAAAAACGCGAAUAUUUGUAGAGUAGUGGCCUAACUUAUAAAACAAAGAAUAAAUUAUUUUAAAUAUUUUAACUUAUUACAUACAAAUAAUAGAUAAUACAUACAUAGAUACUAUACAAGAAUGAUACUUAACAACAUUGUACCAAACCCAGGUAUUUACGCUUACUGAGUGAAAUAUUGAAAUCUCGCGCACAUGACAGUGAAAAUGCAACGCUUACAUUUACAAUAUUUAUAGUAAAAUACAUACAUACUUACGUACAUACUUGAAAAUUUUGGAUGGAAAAGGGUAUAUGAACAUUGAGUGUGUAAAGUGUGAAAGUGAAGAAAUGCGAUAUUAAAGAUAGAAAACUAAAUAAAAUAAAACUAGAAAAAUACAAAUAUA